AUGCUAUUGGUGAAUGAAACAGAAGAAGCCGAAAUCAAAUUUGUAGAGCAGAUCAAUGAUACAGGAGAUAGUGUGUUAGAUGACGCAUUGCGUGCAGCAGAAGCACACAGACGAAUCAGAUACAACAUCCAGAAGAUGCUGAAGCCAGGAUGCUCUCUAAAGAAAGUGAUUCAAUAUGUGGAAGAAUCCACCAGAACAAUGCUCAAAGGCGAGAGAAACAACGGUAUUGGAUUUCCUUGUGGAAUCAGCCUGAAUCACGUGGCUGCCCAUUUCAGCCUGAAUCCCUGGAAUCCUGAUAUUUUGCUAGGGGAAAAAGAUGUUCUGAAAGUUGAUUUUGGUACACACGUGAAUGGUCGCAUCAUUGACUCGGCAUUCACUGUUUGCUACGAUGAGAGAUACGAGAAGCUGUUGGAGGCAUCUCGUGCUGCAACAGAGAGGGGAAUACGGGUUGCUGGAGUGGAUGCAGCAGUAUGUGAAAUAGGAAGAGAAAUAAGCGAAGUGAUGAGGAGUUUUGAGUUGGAAGAAGGAAACAAAGUUAUUCAAAUUAAACCAGUUUGGAAUUUGAAUGGCCACUCAAUUGGGCAGUAUAGGAUACACGGUGGCGUAUCAAUACCACAGCACAACAAUGGAGACUGUACGCGAAUCAAGGAGGGAUUCAUAGCAAUUGAGACAUUUGCUACCACAGGAAGAGGAGAAGUCAGUGACUUUGGAGAGUCUUCCCAUUUCAUGCUAGGGAAAGAAAGUGGUAAGAAAAUAUACAGCAAGAAGAAUGAGGAUGUUCUGAAGAUGAUUAGGAAGGAAGUUGGGACACUUCCAUUCAGCCAUCAGCAUUUGGACCACUUUGCGAAGGAUACGAGGACGGCAGUGCAGCUGCUGGCUGCCAGGAAGUUUGUUGAUCCAUAUCCACCACUGGUUGAUAUCACUGGUUGCAAAGUUGCCCAAUUUGAACACACUGUUUAUGUGACUGAAAGAGGAAAGACGGUCGUAUCAAAGGGGGCUGAUUGGUAG